UCAGCACCUGCCCGGCGCUGAGGAUGGAGCGUGUGUGGGGAGCUGGGGCCGUACUGGUGGUACUGGUGGCGCUGGGAGCCCCCCCGGCUGCGGGCGAGGAUCUCUCGGGGGUGUUCCAGGAGAUGGGAAAGAUCGAGUGUUACUUCAUCAAUGGCACCGAGCAGGUGAGGUACGUGGAGAAGUACAUCUACAACCGGCAGCAGUACGCCCACUUCGACAGCGAUGUGGGCAUCUAUGUGGGGGACACCCGAUAUGGGGAGUUCCAGGCCAGGCACUGGAACAGCCAACAGGACGUGCUGGAGUACAAACGGGCUGAGGUGGACAGGCUCUGCCGGCACAACUACAAGGUGUUCACCCCGUUCCUUGUGAACCGCAGAGUGCCCCCCAGCGUGUCCGUCUCGCUGGUGCCAUCGAGCUCCCAGCCCGGCCCUGGCCGCCUGCUCUGCUCCGUGAUGGAUUUCUACCCUGCGCCGGUGCAGGUGAGGUGGUUCCAGGAUGGGCAGGAGCUGCCGGAGCACGUGGUGGCCACCGACGUGGUCCCCAACGGGGACUGGACCUACCAGGUGCUGGUGAUGCUGGAAAUCCCCCCCCGGCGCGGGGUCACCUACACCUGCCAGGUGGAGCACGUCAGCCUGGAGCACCCCCUCAGCCGGCACUGGGAGAUGCCACAGGACACCGUUCACAGCAAGAUCCUGGUGGGGGUCGGGGGCUUCGUGUUGGGUUUCAUCUUCCUGGCACUGGGGCUCGGCUUCUACCUGCAGGAGAAGAGCUCCUGAACCAGCAGUGGCCGCAGCCCCUCCCCGUGGCCUCGGGCCCAGCCGGGACCCCCCCAGUCCAUCCCCGCCUGCAGUUUAAGGGGUUCGUGUGUCCCCUCUGGCCCUGCUUUUGCUCUCACACCAACUUCCUGCUGUUCCCAGUGCUCCCAGUUCUCUGUACGUCUGAUUGUUGGGGGAUAUUGGAGGGGGGCUCCGAAAAUCCUGCAAACAAGGGGGGUUUGGGCAACGUCAGCCCCCCAAAAUCCCACGUAUCCAGGGCACCACAAAGCCAAACUCCAGCAAUUCGGGACCCCCCAAAACCCACCUUGGACCCCCCAAGCCGCUGGCAGAGUCAGCCCAAGCAGUAGCAGCCAAUGGGAGCGAGCGCAGCUGGCGCGUCAUCAGUUGUUGGGC